AUGCUGCGGAGGGCGCUGGGCCUGAAGGCCGCCCAGCGCGCAGCGCGCACGCGGCGCUUUUUCUCGCAGGAGCUGGUGAACCUGGGCAUCCUUGCGCACAUCGACGCGGGGAAGACGACCAUAUCGGAGGACAUUCUGUACUGCGCCAACGAAAUAAAGGUGAAGGGGAGCAUCCAAGACCAAAACACGCAGCUCGAUUUUUUAAGGCAAGAGAGGGAAAGGGGAAUAACCAUCAAAACGGCCUACUCAUGCUUCAAAUGGAACAAUGUAAAGGUAAAUUUAAUAGACACCCCAGGCCACGUAGACUUCAGCAACGAAACGUUCCUCUCCCUUUGCGUUUCAGACAGGUGCGUCAUCGUGGUGGAUGCCAAGGAGGGCAUCCAAAUUCAAACCUUCCACCUGUUUCACUACAUAAGGGAAAAUCUCCCCAUUUUUUUUUUUUUAAACAAAAUGGAUGUACACGAAACGGAUCUCAAUUACAACAUAGAAAAUCUAAAAAAGAAUUUGAGUCGAAAGAGUGUCCUUGUGACUUACCCUCUGUAUGAAAGUAAAAUGUUAAAGUUUAUUUUGGACCUGCCGUCUAUGUGCAUUUAUUGGUAUCCUCAGGGGAGGUAUGGGCAGAAGUUCGCCUACAGGAGGAUGGCCCUCGCCUCGGUUUUGCAGCACGUGGAUUGCCAAGUGGUCAGGCGUCAUUUUGCCGCAAUAGGGGUGGGAGAAGUAGGAGAUGCUGGAGAGGCGGGAGAGCCGACCCCAACUGAUGGAAAGCCAACCCCAACCGCUGACGAGGCGAUCACCACGGAGCGCCUCCUAAAAGUGCUCUCUAAAGAGACCAUCCACCACGCGUUACAGAAACGGGAGGAGCUCGUGGAGGCCCUCUGCGAUUUGGAGCCAGACCUGGAGCGAAAAUACGUAAACAAUAUCUGCAUAGAGUACAGCGAGGUGAGGAGCUGCUUGGCCAAAUGGAUCACCCUGAAGGAGAUCUUCCCCGUGUUUGCCGGCAGUGCUCUGAAUUCGCUUGGCGUUCACCUCCUCUUGGAUUACAUCACGAGCGGUGGGGUCGCAUUACCGGGUGAGCACUCCGAUAGGGGGAUGGCCCCAUCUGGGGUAAAGGCAGCACAGAUGGGUUCCAAAGCGAACGAUGUGCGGAGGAACUUCCAAGUGGGGUCUUCCCCAAUGGGUGGAAGUCAUCCCAUUGGAGGACAACGCAGUGGAGGGAGUCUCCCCCAUGGUGUAGCCACCCCUGAUGAGGCUACCCCCGAUGUGGCUCCCCCCUCGCUUCACAACUCAAGCACCUCCGUUGGACCCCCCCAGGAGGCUUCAAAAAGACCCCCACUCAAAGAGCGGUACAAAACUGUGCUGUUCAUAUUCAAACUUGUGAGCGAAAAGAACGGGCACAACACAUUUUGCAAGGUGCUCAAGGGGGAGCUAGCCAAAGAUGCCAAGAUUCUAAACGUGCGAAGUGGAAGAACCGAAGUGGUGAAGGGUCUUUACAAAGUCAAAGCGGAUAGGUACGUCAUGAUCAAUCGGUUGGGGACGAACGAUAUAGGAAUGGUUCGUGGGCUCGAGCACGUCCUCGUUUGCGAUUUUAUGUGCGAAGUGGAGGAACCGCCUCACAACGCUGACGGUGUAGGCGUAGUAGGGGGGCCAGACCGCCAGGUGAGCCCCUCCAGGUUGCGCUCCACGUUGCGAUCCAGGAAUGAUGGCGCAGCUGAUAGGGAGAGGAAAAAAAAAGGAGAGGCGGCCGGUCAGGGAGGCCAAGAAGGUCAAAAAGGCCAACGAAGAUGGGGAAGCCAAGCGGGCCAACGAAGCCGAGGAAGCCCAGCGGGCCAACUCAACCAGGACCGCCCCCUCCACGACAUCUACACACACAUGCGACACGAAAUCGAAAGCAAAGAGUUGUGGUUCUUCCUCAAGAGUUACACAAAAAGGAUCAGCAGAAACGUCAUCGUAUGCACUUGCGCUAUAGAGCCCAAGGAUUGCAAAAAGGAAGGCGAACUGAAGCAAGUGCUGCGAAACAUCUGCUUGGAAGACAAGAGCAUCGUCGUCUACACAGACCCGAAUCGAAAGCUCAUCAUUGGGUCGAUAGGCAUAUUGAACAUAGAAGUUACGCUAGACAAAAUAAAAAGUGAUUAUGGCAUAGAUAUCAGGACGGAGGAGGUGGAGGUAGUGGAGAGGGAGUACCUUACGGGGCACUACGAAGAGACCAUGACGAAAGAGAUGAAGGUGAAUUGUAACCUCUCCAACAUAACGAUUGGCCUGGCCAUUCGCGAGAAGGAGUUCGUGGACGUUUCGAGGUUCAUCCAAAAUGCGCUGAGGUGUGACAGCGUGUCGCAGUUGGUGAGGUCCACCAGGGGGGGAGAAGCCAACGGGGGAGCAGCGAACGAAGAAGCCGCCAACGAGGAGGCAUCCCUGGAAGAGCAUAACAUCACAGCCGUGCAGCCGAAUGGUUCCUUCCAGACCCCACUGAAGAGAGAUGACUCUGUUUUUUGGACCCCGCCCCCGAAUCAACCCAACUGCAGCAUCGAGGUGGAGCUUAACAACUCAGGCGAGGGGCUAUCCGGUGCUGUGGGGCGGGGCGACUGUACACCCCAAAUUAGGAUUAACGCGAACUGUGAGGAGGGGGGUCGAAUCGAUGGCGCACGCGGUUGGGCGAGUGGGGUGAAAGAAUAUUUACACCCCCCCGAGGAGCAGCCGGACGAACCCGUGGAGGAACACAUAGAGGAAGACGUGGAGGAGUACCUCCUCAACUUCAAUUACGAGGACCUGUUCCAAAGCAGCGUGCGCGUCCAUAAGAACGUACACCUGUACAUCUCAGAGCUGCAGAGGAAACAAAAAAAAAAAAAAAACUUUUACGAAGAAAUUUUACAGAGUUGUAUUGUCACCCUGAAGAACUGCCUAGCCAGUGGCUUCCAAACAAGCGGAAGCAUCAUCAGCACGGAGGUAGAAAUCACAAUGUUGGGCCUAUCGGAUGACACCACAGUUGCGGUGGCCAAGUACGCGUGUAAUGACUUGUACUAUCGAAUGAUUAAGCGAGCCAACGUGUGCGUAGCGAAGCCCAUAUCUCUGCUGCAGAUUCAGACGGAGGAGUCCUUCGUCGGCAUUAUUGUGAAGGACUUAAUUCAGCAGAGGAGUGGCACCAUUGUUCAGAUCACGAAGGAUGGUGACUCCCGCCAUCUUAAGAGCAUGAAGAUCCUCGCCAUCGCCCCGGUCAAGCUCACGCACAACUACGCCACCGUUCUGCGGUCCAUUUCGAGCGGCCACGCGCACUGUCUGAUGACCUUUUGCGGUUACAGCCGGGCGGGUUAA